AAUGUUACCCAUAGCAAUCCGCCUCCUUCUAACAACACUGCCAUGUGAUGCGGUCACGGACGCGGUGGCCCCGGUGUUUCCCGAACACGAGUCGAGUGGUUCCGAGAGCGGAGCCCGACAUAUUCUGAUCAUCUUCCAAAUGUUGGUGCCCGAGUGGUGAAGUGCAGCUCUCAGAGGAGGCGAGAGGCAGGAAGGGAGGGAGAGCAGGCAAGCAUUCCUGCAGAUCGUCCACCUCUGAAAGGCAUCUCUGCAUCAGCGUCAGCCCGACAGCUCGUCCGCAUCCCUGACCGGCCGGUGGAAGGAGAAGGUAGACACAAGAAUCUGCCACGAUGACGACAGUCAGUGUGAUUAUGCUCAGUUUUCUCAUCUCUGCAGCCAUCUCUUCCCCUACAAAAGUUCCAAGAACGGAAGAAUCCAAAACGCUACUCCAUGGAGAGGAUUUCGCCAUCCCGCUGCCGCAGCACGAGGUGGAGGUUGUGUUUAAGAACCGUUUGGGAACUCCGAAGGAAUUGGUGUUGAUGACGGGGAACAGAGUGAUCAGCGAUCGGGCCAAACCCACCCUGCAUCUCAACCACCUGAUCAUAGAGGCCGUGGGCGAGGGGGAUGAGGGGGAGUACAUCCUGAAGAGUUUAAAGGAACCCAAUGUUGUCAGGAAAAUUUCACUUAUAGUCCGAGACUGCACCCUCGAGAAGAUCGUCAGAUACGGCGGGAACUUCGAUAUUCAAAUAAAGGGGGUGAACCCCCCCAUCACUCUGGAGUACAAACCCAGCGCGGUGGAGGCCAAUCAGACAUCCAGACCGCCGUCCGUGGUGCUGACUGCCACGGGGACCCCGACGGGGACCUAUCGAGGUCGCAUCAGCGUCAGUGAGGAAUCCGUCACCAUCAGGGCUGUCACAGGUGCCGACGAGGGCAGCUACACCGUCACGGAUAGCAGAGGCGCCAUCAAAAACAGAGUGUGCCUGAAUGUCAAAGAGCACAAAAACUUUGCGACCCUUUCGCAGGGCGAGAAGCUGAAGAUCGGCCUGAUUCUGAACAGCUCCUUGGUGCAGCUCUACUACUCCCCUGGGUCUGAUGGCAAAGCCGUUCUGCUGAUGGAUAAGGGGGAAUUCACAAGUGCUCAAGCAGAUCUUGGAUUCGAGGACCGCCUCUCUUUGGACGGUUCGGUUGUCUAUCUAGAACAGAUCAAGGCCUCAGAUGUCGGCCUGUUUAAAAUUACAGACUUGCAGGGAUUCACCGUGUCCACCGUCCAGCUGGGAUUAAAACCCUAUAGAAUGGAGUCCCUUUAUGUGGCCAUCAUUGCCCUGCUGGGUCUGCUGGCUUUCCUGCUACUGGUUUGCCUUCUGUCCUGCCUGAUCAAAGUAAAGAAGAGGGCCAAGAGGGCCGCUGCGCUGGAGAAGCUGGCUGAGAAUGCUGGCAAAGAAGAUGAAGGCGACGCUUUUAGACAGGUGGUCAAGAACAUCACUAAACUCAGCGAGGAGUCCAAACACUCUCAAGCGGACAACACGGAGAAAUCUCAAAGCACCGAGGUGGACAUCAAGGGUCUGGAGGUUUCUUCCAAAGAGGUUGGCGUUGGUAAUCUAGAGACCAGUGACUCAGGCGUCGGCUUUAACACUGCUCUCCCACUGGAUACUGACACUGACGUUGCCGAUCAAAUCCCCGAUUCUGAGGCUGAAGGCCCUCCUUCUGCUGCCGAGUCCAAGCCCGCUGCUACGCCGGUACCUGAAACUAAAGCAAGUCCCGUCCCUGAGACCAAAAAAGCCCCCGAUCAGCCUGUGGAAGCAAAGCUGGACGCGCCCAAACCAGUCGAUACUAAACUUAGCCCAAUCCCGAGCCCUAAGUCUGGUUUGAGUCCUGCUGAAAAAAUGCCUGCGCCCAGUCCAAGUCCAGAACCCAAAACUGGUCUGAGUCCAGCUGAUCCAAAGCCUGCACCCAGUCCAAGUCCAGAGCCUAAGAUCGCUGCUCCUACAGCCACCUCUCUAACACCUGAAACUAAGAGCGCAGCAGCUGCUGCUCCCGAGUCCCCCAAACCAGCCCCAGCAGAACCCAUCACCAACGGUACACCUGAGCCAGGACCAGACUCCAAAGCAAGCCCAGAUCACGCAGAAGUCAUCAAAGACCCAACUCCAAAAGAGGUUUCCAUCAAAGCCCAUGAGGUGGAGCUGAAGUCUAGCAGCGUCGUCCCAGAGGGCAGCAAAGACGGCGCUGGAGCCGAGGACACCACUACCACCUGAGAACCACGGCUGCAAAAACACGAGGAACCCCCACAGAUCCCCCCACCCACCACCACUGCAGACAAUCAAACACCCCCCUACCAAAAUGGUGAGGAAGCCUCAGCAAGCUGGGGCGAUGAUGGUGACACAAAACCCACAGUGAUAACGAUACUUCAUUUGUCUGUAACCUUUGAGACUUUCUGACUGAGACGCAGUUUAAAUAACAAACUUGGCUUUUAAUCUUCAAACAAUUCAGUUUUGCAGCCUUGUUUUCUAUUGCUUUUACUGGAACAAAAAAAAAAAAACUGCCAAACUGCAAAUGAAAUCACUUGCAGAGUUUACAGCUAAAAUAUUAACUCCACAUGAGGUGUUUUAUAAAAUAUGAAAAAGGGUUUACGGCAUUUCACAAUAUCAGCGUAGCAGAGUUUCUUCUUAGCCUUGAACUAACCACUGGUUCACAUUGAGAUGACUGACAAAACAAAAACAGGUUUUCAACAUGCACAGAUCAAACGUGGACAUUAUUUACACCUGCUACUGAAAUGUCCAUGAUAACAAGAUUUGAUUGAAUUUAACAAAAGAGAAAAACUUAACACAUAUAGUACUACCUACUAUCCUAACCACUAUUAAUAUGGUUUUAAUAUUACUAUCUAAUAUGAAUUAGAUUCAGACUCAUAGUGGAUGUCUUCACUAAUUGAAAUGUGUUUUGCCAGCAGAUCCCUGAAGUCCUGAUCAUGUAGUUUUGGUUGGUCUUCAUGUGUUUUUUUUAUAUUAUAUGACUUUGUUAAAAAUUUCUAGCACUAUUAGAAGUUACUAGAAAGGCUGUGCAAACUUCCUUCACUUAAAAAAAACUUCCUGUUUCCGCUGCAUAUUGGAUUCCCAAGGAAAGAAAUACGAGAACAAAUCCAAAAGAUGCGGAAAAUAACUUUUACCAUCCAUUUAUUUGGGAUUUCCCCCUCUUAAUUUUUCCUUUUUGUGUUUGUUUUCUUUUACUUUAAUCCGAUCUUUCCUUCCAAUCGCGCGUUCGAUUUAUACUUGUAAGUCUGAAUUUUUGAGCAACCGAUGAGACACUCAAGAGGAGGGAUUGCUGCAAAACCAAUGACUCAAUGCAAUCACCUGGGCUUCCUUGGAUAUAUUAGCUUUUACUAAUUGGCAUUUUAGGAUCAACUGACUUUGACUGUUUUGUACCAUAUUUAGGACUGAUUGGGCUCUUCAUAAAAGUAGAUCUGAAUCACUUCAUUGUUAGAUCCUACUAGAAUGAGUGGGGAUAAGUUUGGACUUUAGAUAAAAACACAUUUAACUUGAGAAAUCUUGUAAAUUAGUGCUAUACAGUUGUUCUUGAAUAUAUACAUACCCUGGCAGAAUUUACUUGUUUAGUUUUCAUGUUAAUUUUUCAGAUAUUGUGAAUAAUACAAAAAACCUUUUGUACAAUCAAGCUUUGUGGAUCGGUGAAGCCCUUUACAAUCAACUCAAAGUGUUUUCUUAUUCUAAAUCAUAAUGGUAACACACAAUAGCCUAAAUUACCCUGAUCAGAGGUUCAAACAACCGGGACAUUUGACCUGAAAACAUACUCACAAUUUCAUAUAAAUGAGUAAAUAAAUUAAAAUAACCAAAAAAGUGAGUUUCUGGGCUGCAUGAUCACCACAGUGAUGUUGCUUGAUACUGAGACAUGGGGAAAGCAAAAAUAAUCAUCAAAAGAUCUGCAAGAGCUGGUAAUUGAAUUUUAUAUAAAAAAGGAAAAUCAUAAACAUAGAGAAUGUCAGUCGGAAGUGUUCAAACUCUAACUGAGAAGUGGGAAAUGGGGGCAACCAAGCUACAGUCAGGAAAACCAACUAAAAAAAGGAAUAUUUGGGACGCAAUAACAAAAAACACUGAACCUGGCCUCUUCAGCCCAGUAGCUGUAGGUGGCACAUACUUGGACCUUCCAACCUGACAUUAUAGAUCCAAAAGACAAGGUCAAGUCAACCUGUGAAGAUGUGUCUCGUGGAGUCACUUCUGGGACAUCUAAAAAGUUUGUGCAAGAAAGCCCAAUAAUCUACAGCAAUCAAAAGCUUUUUGACAGAGAAAAUCAUCUACACCCACCACAAUAUGAUUAUUGUUAAAGAGAACAACACAAGACAUUACGAACAAGAUCGCCGUAAACCUUUAAUCAGAGUAAUUUGGAUAUAGUUUGUCAAGAUGAUUUAAUAGUGCAAGUACAAUUGUUACUUCACCCAACCACCAAUCACCAGUUAAAGAAACAUAUCUAUUAUUAUUCAUAGUCUCUCAGAAAUGACCAAAAUAUAAGAAAUUCUGCUCGGGGUAUGAAAACAUAUGAACAUGCUUGUAUAGAUAAACAGAGUUAAAUUAUGUUGUUUUGAAAAUCAAACAUUAUAAAGUUGGAAAUCUGACUGGAACGUCAGAGGCCCUCUAACCGUCCUCUGUUUAAUAUCCAGUAUGGCUGCCCCACAUAUAAAACUUACUCAAAGCUGCAGGAGCAAGCUGUUUAUUUUCACUUCGGAUAGUUUAUAUCUUAUUAACCCAGAGACACACAUACCAUCUUUUUGUGUGAGUAUGUUUAGUGGCUGAUGGGAAGAAUGAGCUUGUGUUGCUAAUUAUAGCUAGCUCUACAACAGAUAGCAAAACCCCCUGGUUUCCAGGUUGCAGCUAAGACAAAAUCAAAUAGGACAUCAUUCCCAGAUCCGAGUUGUGACUUACAAGACAAACUGAGUGCAGCACACAUUGAUACGUUUCGUAGGCAGUAGCAAAAAACAAGGAGUUGUCUCUGUUAAGAGAUCCUGAAUUGCUAAAAUGUUGUAAGAAGUAA